CACCAUCACCACCACCACCUCUCUCUCUAGCUCUCUAGGCCUCACCGAUAUUAGUGUUCUUUCAAGAGAGGGGAGUGGAGAGCAGAGACGAGGGAGUGAAGAACCUCUCCCUCCCUCUCUCUCUCUCUCUCUCUCUCUCUCAUCGACACGCUUGAUUUGGCAAGAGAAUGAUGUGGUCUCAUGAGCCGGCAACCGAGGAGCCGAAGGUCUCGCCGGCUCGACGGAGCUCCGUCGCCAAGCUGACGACGGCUUCCUCGUCCUUGGCCAACCUCCUCUCCGUCUUCCUCGGGGCCACCUCCCCGGAGCCCAGGCCGAGGCGGAGCUUCGACGCCGGCGGGGUCGGGCUCGGCAUCGUUGCAGACAUGAGCCGACCCUGUCUGGCCGGAGCCGAGCCGAUCGCCAUCGGCCCCGCGGCCAGGCGCCGUGCGCGCGAGGAAGACGAGCUGUCCGAGAGCUACACUUGUGUCAUCACGCACGUGGCCGGCGCCGGCGGCGGCAGCGUCCGCAAGCGUGUUUACUUCGGGUUCGGCGACAGCGGCGGCGGCGGCUGGCUUGUGAAAGCCGAUGAUGAGGUGCCUGCGGAGAGGGCCGACUUCCUGAGCCGAUGCUACCUGUGUGACAAGAGGCUUGAUGGGCUGGACAUCUACAUGUACAGGGGAGAGAAUGCCUUCUGCAGCUCAGAGUGUCGAUGCCACCAGAUGCUAAUGGAUGACCGUCCUGAGAACUGCAGAUCUGAAGUGCAUAGAGCUAGUGACUGUUCAGUGUCACCGCACACUGCCCCGAUGGCCUACUCACCAAGUGUUGCAGCGGCGUAGUCCACUGGCCCAUAAUGUCACCAAGCUGCUCCCCAACUAGCAAAGAGUAUAGAGAUGAAACAUACCAUUUAAACGAAUCGAACAUAUAGGGUAGUUUCUAAAAUGCUUCUUAAUUAUGACAUAAAUAAAAGGGAGGAAGAAAAUUUUGAGAUACUACUCGAUGCUAAGUUCUUUUGAGUGUGCUCCCUCUGUACGAAAUGGAAGUGAUUAGCAAAGAAAUUUAAUACCAUGUUUCAACUGAUACCAUGCUUUGAGAACUUUGUAUUA